AUGGAUAACCAACGUCCACAAUAUAUCCCCGGACCUCCUCCGCCCCCGAGCCAGGGAAACCUAGGUCACCUUCCUCCGCCUCCGCCUCGACCUUAUCCGCCCUCAAACCUCCCUCCGCCACCACCGGGCCCUCAUCCUUCAGCUCUGCCUUUGGGAACAGUGUUUGGACUGCCAGGAGGUGGAUGGCAGCAACCAUGGGGAAGAAGUGGCAUGGGUCAAGGCCUUCCGCCUCCCCCUCCCCCUUUCAAUCACAAUCAAUCACAAAAUCAGCAUCACCCGUACGGGAUGCGGCAGACACCUCAUAUGAACCUCCCUCCCCCGCCUCCGCAGAACGACAAACCUAUUCUUUCGGCGACGUUCAUACCCACCGGGGAUUCUUUCGGCCCUGGAGUAGGGAUUCCUCCACUCGAUGACUAUUCAUCAUACUCCCGGUAUGAGGCACAGUUCAGCUCCGAACCUCCGCCCUCACAUCCAGAUCAGAAGUAUUCAGACGGUACUACCAAUUCACAUAGUUAUUCUUACCCGAAUCCUUCCCAGCCGAACCUGGACAUUGCGAAUCGAGAAUCGCGUGCGGCUUCGGCCUCUUCCUCCCGACCGCCUUUCAACCUCCCUGUGCGGGACGUCAACGAACCAAUCUCUCCAGGGCCCCCAACUGCAACACUCCAAAAUCCCCAGGCGAUUAGUGAGCAAAGUCGGCAGCGAGCGUAUAGUGCUGCUGUCACCAGUGGAAAUGCAAGCGAGAUGGCAUCACAAUGGCCCUUGGACCGUGUGCUCGUAUGGUUGGCCGCCAAUGGAUUCUCGAAUGAUUGGCAGGAAACGUUCCGGAUCCUGAAGCUACAGGGUUCCGAGUUCCUCGACCUCGGUCGUGGGCCUAAUGGCCGUGGUAACUUGGGCAUGCUGCACCAGACAAUCUACCCACAGCUCGCAAAGGUUUGCUCCAGCAGCAGUACUGGCUGGGAUCAAUCACGGGAGCGCGAUGAAGGCAAGAGACUGCGAAAACUCAUAUCGCGCCUCGUCGAGCAAGGCGGUGAGGGGCCAUCCAGCGCUGGACAUGGUCACCGCAGACGAGAAUCCGGUCUUCUCCCAAGUGCAUCGACGGAUGGGACCGUGGAGAACUCACCUCACCUCCCUAGAUCGGAGUUUGGUAGUACCCCUGGCACGGCCGGUUCGGAGGGGAGCCCAGGAAAACAAAUGCCGGCGCUUUUCCCGGCAGGAUUGGGUCCACGCACUUCCCAGUCGCGAAGUAGCACAAUGCCAGUCCUGAGCAAACAUAGCAGCAGCUCCUCAACUCCUAGUGACGCCAAACCGACAGACAGCCUUCAUGGCAGUGGCCGCGCGGAUUACACAAGAAAUGUCCUGACAGGUAUCAACAGCCGUGGUCGCCAUAGCCCUAACAUGUCCGGCGACACCGCUUCGGGCUUGGCUGCAAAAGGGUUCGAAGCUUCUCCCCAUGCUAGCCCCGGCCUGGGAACUGCUGUUCCAGCCUCAUCUGCGAGCGGUACCUCUCUGACACACCGGCCUGAACAUAGCAAAAGCAACAGCACGGAUUCCUUGCUUAAGAUAACUGGCCAUCCCCGAUCGAAUACCAGUACUCAACCCAGCGUCGACACCGGCAGGAACGUAGCGGUUGGGAACACAGACGGGUCGUUCGCAGGCCGCUUUUACGCAGAUCGCCGUGAUGCACAGGAAACGGCGAGACCAUCGCCGGUCGAGACUCAUCGAACCUGGAGUAACGAGUAUACACCAGGCCCCGGCGGAAAGGAUCAGAGUAAGGGAUUCUUGAGCAAGUUCAUGAGGAAACGCCAUGAGCACAAUCAACCGCAUCCCGACGAUCAUGCUCUCGAAUCACCCACUAGCCCCGGUGGUUUCCGGCUGUUGUCGAAACCAAGCGCAAAUGGUAGUGAAUCGGCCUUGCCCCUACGCCCUUCUUCCACGAGUGUGACAAGUGAAGAUGAAAGACCACCCCCAGUCCGGCGGACCCAAUCUAUGUCCCGAAGGUACAUUUUCGUGACCCCGGAUGGUUGGAAUUACCGGCUUGUUGAUGUCACAGAGGUGGAAAGCGCCGUUGCGUUGCGUAGCCUGAUAUGUAUCGAACUAGGCAUUCCGGACGCUGAGUACGCCCAAAUCUUCGUCACAGAACCCGGCCGGACUGAGCACGAAAAUCCGCUGUCGGACAACAUGCUGGUUUCUAUUCGCAGUCGGACCGACAACUCGGGCAGUCUGAAGUUGUAUGUGCAGAGUCCAACCCUAUCCGCGGUCUCAGGACCUGCAGGUCAGUCGACCGGGCUUGGAGUCUCAUUCAAUCAUGGGCUUCAAGCUGAGGCUACUUCACGAGGUGCUCCUAUGGUCAAAUCCAACUCGGCUGGCGGAGUGGACCGUACUGGCUACUCUGUGAAUACAUCGUCGGGCACCGAACAGCCGAUGGCAAAUGUCGACUUGCUUCAGAAGCAGGAAGAGUAUCGACGACAUACAGAGGCCAAGCACCGAGCUUACUUGGACACUCGGCGUGGACAGAAAGAGCAGAGCUCUACCUACAAUGGCAGCGGUAUUCGCGGCAGUACCGUCAUAGACUUUGAUACACCGCGCCUGUCUCCAUUCGAGGACAAGAAGGUCGACACUCUUGUUCCCGUUCGACGGCCGCCCACGGCGCCGUCUGAGUCCAGUACACUGACCAAAGUCAACUCCCUGCGGGCAAAGAACUCAGGCACGAGGUCCUCCGUGGAUGCCCUGAAGCGAAUAUCCGAUCCGAUUGCCGAAGAGAAAGCAGACCGUGGGAAGAAGAGGACCGAUACUGGCUCCAUUGCAUCCGGUGGGAUUGGUGCGGCUUUAGCAAACGUGGGCAAAAUGGCAGGUGCUCCUGCAGCCGUGGGGAGUCAGGGCUUGCAGUCUGAGAGGGAUCGAGGCAUGCAUUCAGCCGACUCGGAUCAAAAAGGCGGCAACACAGGUAUGGCGGAUCGUCCCCGUUUUACUGCAGCCAAAGGGUAUACGCUGUCCAAAUAUCCUAAUCAUGAAGAAGGGUUCGGCGUGCCACAAUAUGGCACUCGGCCACGGAACACCGCCUUAGACAACAGCCGACAAUAUGGCCCUCCUUCUCCCAGUAUCAGUCCUUCGACGGAGAACGCACCUCGACCCGGGCUUCAGACCAGGAAGUCAUAUGGUCCAGAUUAUGACUUCCAGGAAACGCAUAUAACAUUCGCGCCUUCACCAAUCCCGGCUAAGAAAGAUGACUCGGAUGAUGACUCGGACGAUGGCCUCUUCGCCAUUCCACUUGGGAAUAAAUCCAUGCCCAAGAGCGAGGGCCAAAGCAGUGUCCAUUGCACAAAGGACCAAAGACCCGCCCUGACUGUGGACACUGACCAGAACGUAGCCAAGAACGUUCGGUUCAAAUCGCCCGGCUCGUCCAGUGAGAUGUCGGGCAUUCCCAAUCCAGGAGACGAUAGUGCCACGGCCAGCGGAGAGGGCUAUGAACGUAGUCUCUCAGAGGGCAGUUUCAGUGGUUCAGCACGGUCUCCGGAUGACCGGAUGGGCAGAAGAGAAUCCUUUGUCAGUGAUAUUUGGGCGAAUCGACCUGCCGUAGAGAAUGUCGUGCAUCACCUCGACGAGUUCUUCCCUGGCGUCGAUCUUGACAAACCAUAUCUUGAAGAAAAGGGCGACAAUAGCUCACCAAUGAAGUCCGCCGACUACGACCCCCUUGAUAGCCUCCAGGUUGCUCGAUCAGGUGGUAUGACCUUUGGGACCGGAGGGCUGGAUCUUAACUUCAACCGGAAGAGCGAAUCAGAUACACUGGGCUCGGAUGAAUCAACCCUCAAGGCAAAAGAUCGAGAAAAGGUGGCCAGUGUGGCGGAGAGACAGGUUGGGAAAGCGUCUGGUGGAAUCACGCGAAUGAAAUCCAUUCGUGAAGUGGCUCAGAAGCGAAACGACAUCAGAAGAGGCCCUUCGGUUGCUGCACGGGUGGAACAAGCCAAUUCCAGCAGCAUUGUUCGGCGGAAGAGUACCAAGAUGUUUGGGGCCAAUAUUGUUCAAAUCAAACCCAAGCCAGGCAAUCGUCUUUCAACCUUGGAUCCCAUUCCGCAGGAAGAGGUCCCGUCGGAAGAUAUGCCCAAGCGCCAGGCGACAUUCAAGAUCAUCCGGGGUCAAUUGAUUGGGAAAGGCACCUAUGGCCGGGUGUACCUUGGCAUGAACGCGACCACCGGUGAGUUUCUGGCGGUGAAACAGGUCGAAGUCAACCAGAAGUCUGCCGGACAGGAUAAAGAUCGCAUCAAGGAAAUGGUGGCGGCUUUGGACCAAGAAAUCGACACGAUGCAGCAUCUGGAACAUCCCAACAUUGUCCAAUACCUUGGUUGUGAACGUAGAGAGUUCUCGAUCAGCAUCUACCUCGAGUAUAUCCCCGGUGGCUCCAUUGGCAGUUGUCUUCGCAAACACGGCAAAUUCGAGGAGGCGGUGGUUCGAUCCCUUACUCGACAGACUCUGGAAGGGUUGGCGUAUCUCCACCAUGAGGGUAUUCUCCAUCGCGAUCUCAAAGCGGACAAUAUUCUUUUGGAUCUAGACGGCACCUGCAAGAUCUCCGACUUUGGAAUUUCCAAGAAGUCGGACAACAUCUACGGCAACGACGUGACCAACAGCAUGCAAGGGUCUGUUUUCUGGAUGGCCCCUGAAGUGGUGCGUUCUCAAGGUCAAGGCUACAGUGCGAAAGUCGACAUCUGGUCACUGGGAUGUGUAGUGUUGGAGAUGUUUGCCGGCAAGAGACCUUGGAGUCGCGAAGAGGCCAUUGGUGCCAUUUUCAAGCUGGGCAGUCUGAGUCAAGCACCACCCAUCCCGGAAGAUGUGCAGUCCACGGCCACUGUGGAUGGGCUGAACUUUAUGUACGACUGUUUCCAAGUCAAUCCCGCCGAUCGCCCAACCGCUGAUACUCUCCUUCGACACUCGACCUUUUGCGUUCCAGACCCCUACUACAACUUCUAUGACACCACACUGGCGGCCAAACUGCGAAGUGUUGAUAGCUCGACACUUGGUGAAUGA